UUAUAGCCACCUUAGCCAAGAUGGCAGCGCCCACUUAAAGUGAAUGGAUCAUUCCUCCGUGGAAUGGGGCGACUUUGCUUGCGUACCCGCUGUAGAGAAUCGUGGCCGCUGUAGAGAAGUUGUUUGGGCUGGUUGGUAUGACAUGACGAUAGUUAUAGCGCGAGAACAGAGCGACGAGAAAGGGAGAAGACGCGUCCCGGGCAGACGCACAUUCACCGUGCGCAGGAUUUCCACGUCAGGCGUCCUUCCUAUCCUGAAUUGUCAACGUCCCCAGCCUUGUCAUGCUUGCCUCUUGCUCUGCGCACGGCAUAACGAGCGCCAGCGGCCGAGACAACGCGCAUGCAACGAAAAAAAAAGCAUCAGAAGGUGCCCAGGGUGUGCUACACAUGCGACAGCCAACCAGCACAGAUAAGAAAGCGAAGCGGGGCUCCUUUGAGGGUGACUGUUUUCACUGACGAACCGCCGAGACGAAACCCUUUCCACUGGCUGCCACCCUGGAUGACACUGCAGUAGAAUCAGUACAGCAGGCGGCAGCACUGAAUCCAACUUGUGAAUCAGGACAAGUUAUGGAAACAUCACCGCAGCCAGCGUGUGAGCCGGGUCAUAUCACAGAUAAAUCUGUUCAAGUGCGGCUGCCAACCCAUGAUGAAGCGUCACAGGCGAAUGAAAAGAAAAUUCUGUCAACAUGUGCUACGCAAACAGAGCCUCAAGAUGUUUCUUCAGGUUGCUUGUCUUUUGCAUCUCUGGAACAGUCUUCUUCAUUGAUGCCUGUACAACAUCGACUGCAUUCCUGCCAGCACUGCAGCUAUGUGACGAAGAAUAAGGCGAAUAUGAACGCACACCUUCAAAAACAUAUAGGCAAGAACCCCUCACAAUGCCACCUUCGUCCAGAUGCCGGAGAGCACCCCUUUUUUUGCGUCCAUUGCAAUGAAUCUUUUGCGCAAAAAGACACCAUGGAUAACCACGUGCGCACUCACACAAGAGAGCGUCUCUAUUCUUGUGACCACUGCAAUGCAUCCUUUAAACUGAAAAAGACCCUGGUGAGACACAUCUGCUUGCACUCAAGGGAGCUUUCCUGUGCGCACUGCAAUGAGUCGUUCCCGUCUAAAUACGACCUGGUUCAGCGCAUGCGCACUCACCCAGAAGCGCGUUCUUUUUCUUGUGAUCACUGCCAUGCAUCCUUCAUGCGGAAAGAGAGCCUCGUGAGACACGUCCGUGCACAUCACACAGGCGAGCGUCCCUUUUCCUGCGUUAACUGCAGUGCAUCCUUUUCACGAAAAGACGCCCUCAAUGUCCACAUGCGUACACACGCAGGAGAUCGUCCCUUUUCCUGUGACUACUGCAGUGCAUCCUUUAAGCUGAAAAAUAGCUUAUGGAGACAUGUUGGCUUGCACGCAAGAAAUCUUUCCUGUGAGCACUGUAGGGCUUCAUUUCUGUAUAAACACGAUUUUGUUCAGCACAUGAGCACUCACACAGGAGAUCGUCCCUUUUCCUGUACCCACUGCAAUGCAUCUUUUAAGCACAAUCGUAGCUUAUUGAAACACAUUCGCAAGCACACACAAGAGGGUUCCUUUUGCUGCGAACAAUGCAAGGUAAGCUUUAAGCGGAAAGACAGUCUCAUGAGGCAUUUUCGCACUCACCCAGGCGAAUGUCUUUUCCCCUGUGUCCACUGUAAUGCAACCUUUGUGCAGAAAGAGUACCUAGACAGACACGUCUGCAUUCACACAAAAGAGUGUUGAUUUUCUUGCGUCCAAUGUGAUGCAUCAUUCGUGACUAAAUAGUACAACCUCGUUUUGCAGAUGCGCUCUUAAGAGCGUUCUUUAUGCUGUGUCCACUGUAAUGAAAACACGACCUCAAGAGCCACAUUUACUGCCGUAAUGAAAAGGAGCACCUAUAGUUUCGAGGGGCCGAUGGCCUUUUUUUUUUUUAAGGACGAGGUGUAGUUGAGACAGCAGAGCACGUAGAAUAAAACUCAAGAGUGAAAGUUUAGAUUAAAGGGACCUUAAACAGACACUAAAGGCAGCUAUUGAGUCAACAUUGAUUGUUGAAAUUGCGUUCCAGAAAUCUCGUAGUGUUAUUUUUCUGCCAAGGAAGGGCCUAUUUUGAAAUAAAAUCACAUUUUAGUGGUCCGCAUCGGGUUAGCGCACAUUAAAUUACCCGCCUUAGGAAGCGUACCGACCGGACCGACUUUAGUCAUUGAUGCCGUGCACAACGUUGCCCGGAUUUAUUGCGCUAGUAGCAGCAGACGGAAAACAGAGGGAGCCACAGCAGCAACAACGGCAAUUGAUCAAUUUCCCACCAUUGGCUUUGUGAUUGCAGACAUUUUUAUGUUUUAACUGUGCCCUGCUAGAUG